CGCAUGCGCAACCGCAGCUGGGGGAGGUUAAUGUUUGUUUGUUAUCCCGAGAUUGUUGGCUUGAUUAUGAUUGUCACAUUUACGGAAUUAUUGUGAUAUGGAAUAUGUAAAGUCCAGUGACAGCUGGGCUAUGUCAUCACUUAGUUAACUCUUGCCAUACUGCCGCGUCGUGGUUGCAUUUCCUCUCACUCACCUUUGAUUUGUUUUAGUAUUUAUGUUUACAAUGGGUUAUGUAGUCUGUUAAAGUUUUGACAGUCUGCUAAUAUGUAUCUAUCUAAUAGAAUUUCGGGCCUAUAGUUCUGUGAUCAAGAUAAUUAUGGAGGAGUCUUCUGAUCUUGAUUUAACAUGUAAUGAACAUGAUUAUUCGUCAAGGCUUGAAGUGCCACUGGAGGCAAUCAAGACAGAAAUAUUAGAUCCAGACGAAUGCAGUACAGGCAGUACUGAUGAAUCGCCUGCUGGCCAAGAUGUCACCAGGGUACCUAUACUUCUUCCAACUCCAGUUAUUGGAAACUACUCUCAAAGGCCAAAUUUUCCACGGCAACCUAAACUACCCAAACUGCGACCAAAAUUUCCGACGCCAAAACAGUUUAUGGUGCCCCCGAGGCAAACAGUUUUGUUACCCCGGCCCGUCAUACCUAGAAUGCAACUACCGCCACCCAUUCCUCCCAAUAUUAGAAGUGAACAGCCAGCAAAUUGUAAAGGCGUUCUUAUUGUUCAGGAUGUUAAGUUUUGCACAAUGUAUGUUCCAAAAGGAGAUAAAAGUGGAACUAUGACCAGCACUGGGACACAUUCAAUUCCUAUCCCUGUGAAUGCGUUGUCUAAGGCUGUAGGUGUUUCACAGAAUGUUAUUGCUUCCAGUGUCUCAGCUUCACUUUCACAGGCAACCCCUCUCAAGCCUACUAUUGCUGGUGUUAUGAACAACAAUGACAAGGAUAGCUCCAAGGUACCCAAGAUGGGUGCUCUACUUAGAGCCAUAGCUUCUCCAAGGAAUAUAGAUGCUGCCUCAGCCAAUCCAUUGCUUUGGAAUGUACAGAAAUUUUUGUGUGAUUUGUUGCCUAUGUUCUGGUUUUGUGCAGUGGAGAAAAACGGAAUUAAUGUAAUGCUUCUGUCGUAUGGUACUGAAAAGGCUAUUCAGAGAAGAUUGUAUGUAUCUAGUGAUGGCAAAGUGGAAAUAUCCGUUCAUUGUAAACCUAUACCUGAUUUGCUUAUAGAAACAAUUGUUGAGAAGGCAGCCACUAAAACAAGUUUGACUGAAUCAACUGUAAAGCAAUUUAGUGAUUGGAUUGUAAGUAUAGUUCAGGUUCUUAGGGACUUCCAAAUUUGUGUUGGUCUUGAGAGACCUGAUUAUCGAGAGACGCUAAUGAACUCAAACGAGAUUGAACUUGAUAAGAAUCCAUAUCAGGAGGUCAGGUAUACUGAAACAAUGAGAUCAGUAAAUUGUAUUAGAUUAGUAGAAAUUACAAGAAGAAGAUGCAAUGAGUGUGCAAAAUCUUUACAAAGCAAUAGAAGACAAAAUAAGUUGAGCUCGGCAGCAAAUCAACAAAAGAAGGGUGAUGUACCUGCCACAACAGAGGAAUCUGGAUCAAACAAAAUUGUCCUUAAAAUAUCUAAAGGUGUACCUACCCAGGGUAACCCAACAGAAACAGACCCUUCUCCCCAUUCUGACCCUGAUUGGGUUGAACCCUCACAGGCUCCAAAAAAGUUAAAGAAAAGGAAACUUAAACAAAGUGCUUCAAGAUCUAAGAAAAAGCAAGAGGUAAUUGCCAAUGAAGUGGAAGUAGAGAGCAGCAAUGAGUGAAGUGUUUGUGUGAAUAGGCAAAGAUUUUUAAAUUUAACAAUCAUAUUGUUCUUUUGUUGGAGUGUUUUCUCUAUACAAUAAUUAGAGACAAGAGUUUCAUCAUCACAUUAUCCACCCGAAUCUGAAUCAUUUUAAAAAAUUGUUUGUUUAUCCGUGUGGAAUAAACCCUGUUAUUUUGAUCACUAACAA